AUGCUCAUCAAUCCCUCACUUACAAGAAGGAACAAACGCCACGCCAAAUGCAGGUUGGAUUUGGCUGAAUGGGGGUGGGGGGGAAGAGGAUCUCAAGGGUCCAAGUUCCGGACUUAUGAAACUCCACGACCUCUUAUAGACGGAAAUGAGACAACCUCAAUUAUCCUCCAAUCAUAUAUGUUGGUGAAAGUCCCCGCGCAUAUGUGCAUUAACUCUGUUGAAUUCGGCUCGCGGUUGUUUCGAGUCCAUCCUAAAAUGUUCCCUGACCAUGCUGUUCUUAUGUUUCAAGGCCAUGCCCGUGGGAAUUCCAGCAUGAUACCUACCAAACCAGGCUUGGCUGCUUGGAAAGUUGCAUUUACAGUUGCAUCCGAGGCAAUCGUUAUCUAA